GCGUGUCUGAGCCGGCAGAGCAAGAAUGCAGUCAGACCGGCCUGGUGAUCACAUGGCCAGCUGUGAGAGCUGCUAUUGGCUCUGCAUCAGAGAAGGUCUGCUACACCUGCGUUUCCUGUGAGAUCAGUCAGACUGCAUCUGGAGCAGAAGAGCGAUGGGUCAGAGCAGUUCCACCGCUCCGCAGGUGAUCCUCAUGGGUCUGGACUCUGCAGGAAAGUCCACUCUGUUGGCGCGGCUACUCACAGGAGAGAGGGUGAACACGUCACCCACCGUGGGCUUCAAUGUGGGAAAUCUGGAGCUGAAUAAGAACAUGUCUCUGACGGUGUGGGACGUUGGAGGACAGAAGAGCAUGAGAGCCAACUGGAAGUACUACCUGGACGAGUGCAAGGCGCUGGUGUUUGUGGUGGACAGCAGUGAUGCAGCUCGCAUGCCAGAGGCCCAGAAGGCUCUGAAGAGCAUCCUCAGUGACGAGAGGCUGCGAGGAGUUCCUCUGAUGGUUCUGGCCAACAAGAAGGAUCUGCCCAACACAAUGACCAUACGGGAGGUGUCCACCAAGCUAGACCUGCCCAGUCUCAAAGGCCGACUGUGGGAGAUCCAGGCCUGCUGCGCCACCCAGGGUGUGGGUCUGGACCAGGCCUUCCAGUCGGUCAGCAAGCUGAUCAAGAGGAGCUGAGCGGAACCAGGAGGAGGGCGGGUCUGCAGGACGGGGUGGGGGGGUGUAUUUAUAAAUGUCUAAUAAAGGUUUUAGUGAUGA